AAUAUUUAUGUAUUUUAUUUUAGAUAAAUUAUUUUAUCAAGGUGGUAAAAGUGGUGAUGAGAAUUUGUUAUAUGUAGUAGAAGUAGUAUUUGAUGAUGUAGUUAUCAGUUUGGAAAGCAUACCAAAAAGAAUAAAAAUUAUGAAUGAAUUUUUCAUAUUACGUGGAGCUGCUGUAUUUAUUGGAACCAAAAUUGCUGAAAGGACAGCUAUUGGUCAUUAUGUAGCAGUUUCACUAAGAAAUGACGGACAUUGGGAAGAGUAUGAUGAUUUUAAACACAAACCAGUACCUAUACCAGAACAAACAAAAUACGGUGUACAAAUUCUUUUACGCAAUAAAGAAAAUUAAGUAUAUCAAAUAUUAACGUUCGAAAAUGUGCUAUUUUCAAAAAUAUUUAAUUUCAAUUUUAAAGGUGAAAAGAUUAUUCAUAUACAGUAUAUUGCAUAUGAUUUAAUAUGA